AUGGUGGUGGAGGUCACCGCGGCGAACUGCGACGGCCACCGCGGCGAGGCGCGCCGCAAGGUCGUCGGGGCUGCUCGAACGGCGGUCGGUGGGAGGGGGGAGGGCGGCGACCUGGUUAGUGAACUGGGGCGGCGACCAGUGCUCCAACCGGCGAGCGGCGACGGUGAGGCGGCGACGGCGCCGGCGCCGGCGAGAAGCUGUCAUAUUUUCAUACUUUGGGUGGAGAAUUUCAUGUGGGGGUUCGUGCUAAGUAGCAAAUCCCCAUCAUAUUUGGAGGCAGAAGAGCGUGAAUGGACAGUUGAUGAAUAUGGACAAUACACGGACGAACCAAGCAAGCAGCAGAUGAUCAAUGCCAUAAGGACGGCACUGGGGUCAUUGGGUGAUGAUGAGACGGCGACGACUGUUUCAGCCUAUGACACGGCAUUGGUCGCCCUUGUCAAGAACUUUGACGGAGAUGAGAAACCGCAAUUCCCCUCAUGCAUCGACUGGAUUGUACAAAAUCAACUACCAGAUGGUUCGUGGGGUGACCCUGCUUUCUUUAUGGUCCAAGAUCGGAUUAUCAGCACCCUGGCAUGUGUAGUGGCAGUGAAGUCUUGGAACAUUGACAGCGACGACUUGUGUGACAGAGGUGUGUUAUUUGUCCAAGAAAAUAUGAGCAGGUUAGUAGAAGAAGAACAGGACUGGAUGCCAUGUGGCUUCGAGAUUAACUUCCCAGCAACCCUAGAGAAGGCCAAGGACCUGGAUUUGGACAUCCCGUAUAAUCACCCGGUUCUUGAAGAGAUAUAUGCCAAGAGAAAUCUAAAGCUCUCUAAGAUACCUCUGAAUGUACUACACACCAUACCAACGACCCUACUUUAUAGCUUGGAGGGAAUAGUAGACUUGCAAUUAGACUGGGAAAAGCUACUCAGAUUGCGGUGUCGGGAUGGCUCCUUCCAUUCCUCGCCUGCUGCCACAGCUGCAGCCCUCGGUCACACCGGAGACAAGGAAUGUCUUGCUUUUCUGGACAGGCUCGUCAAAAAGUUCAACGGGGGAGGUAAUUUAUUUAAAAUAAGUACUCCCUUGUUUCGUACUAAGUAUCGCUGA